AAAGAUUUCUCGUGAUAGAAAAUUCCGAUCAGCGAAGAAAAUGACGACGAUAAAAACGACGGUCAGGAGAUCCGGGACUAUUGGCUCAGAGAGUUUGGAAAAAUGGAAGACUCGAAUAACAGAUUUAGUGCAUUAGGAGUAUCGAGUAAAGAAUGCGCGCACAUAAGUUAUCUGACUAUAAUCCACCGCAAAGAGGACUGCAGCAGCACACCUGCGACGAGCCAAUACCUUGCAGUGAUGUUAUAGUCGAGGUCGCGACGCCAAUUUGGAAGGCGCGGCCUGAUUUGGGCGCUAAGAGAUGAGCGAUCUACAGGCGACUCUCGAGUUCUCCCUCGAACUAUGCAAAUUCUACAAUGUCGAUUUGUUCCAGCGUGGGUACUACCAGAUACGCACUGCCUUAAGAGUGUCACCCAAGCUUCCGGUCAAAGUCGAAGUGAACCAAUUGCGCAACCAUUCCUUGGAAGAACCGGGCACCAGCAAGAGAUUCCAGAUUCUUUAUCGCAACGAAGAAGUGACACUUGGUACUUCAGUAUUGUUCCGGGCACACGUGCUGGUGCACAGUCAUAGAAUUGAGGAAACUCUUUCUCGGACGCAUUUUAACCUUGGUAUAGAGUUAUGGUUCAGCGAGCCGACUCAGCCUGGCAACAUGACUUGCGUCUCGUCAAGAGCUCUGCAGCUAAACUUUACACCAACAAAAGGACUCCACUACCACCUGCCUGUACUCUUUGAUUAUUUUCAUCUCGCAGCAGUUUCCAUAACCAUUCACGUGUGCCUCGUUGCUCUACACCAGCCCUACAUAAAGAAAAGCAUCCUCCAUUACGUACAGAGUUGCGCUCCACGUGGCGGCAAACCUUGGCUGCAAUUCAAGCAGACGACCGGAAGCGAAGAGAGCAAAGUUUUGUUUGGAAAUAUCGAACACACCACACGAUGCGUCGGUUCGGCAACAAGGAUACACCAUGCUCAACUAGUGCAACAGGAAGUAAUACGCCUCCUCCUUACAGCCCGAGAAUCACUGCUAGUCGAAAUGGCAGAUCUCGCUCGUUUACUUCCUUCCUGGCAGCAAAGAGCUCUCGAAUUAGCUCAAAAUACUCACAAGGAAAUCACAAAGAUGAUGACCACCGAAGAAGCGGACAUAGCGCAGCUUUGUGCUCAAAACAUCGUAUUGUGGCAGCACUUUCUCGAGGCAUUUUCGGGCCGCCAGGCCGUCCAUGAACAUUUGGCUCACAUCCACCAUCAGUUAAGAGUGAACAGAUUCGCAGAAGGUUUUUUCGUAUUGGGAAAUCCCCGAACGUCUGCAGCUGGCUGUUACGACGCGAAUUAUCAAUCUUACCAAGCAGUUAGCGAGGCAGCUCGCAGGUCUCGUUACCUGGCAUCUUUGCCUCCACUUCCGGUCCACUGCAUCGAAUUGGACGGAGAUUUUCACUCUCUUCCUCUAAUAUUCGAGGAUCAGUACGCCGACAUGCAACACAGACAUCGAAACAGUGUCCCGAGCAUGGAUGACUGUAGCUGUGGGAUCGCAGCGAUACUCGAGAAACGUUCGACGGAUGUUUGGUCACCAAGAAACGAGACGAGCGUUGGGCAGUCAAACAUGGGAUCGGUGCAUGGGAGGGUGGUUUUGGCACCAUCCACACUUCCUGCCCGGCACAGCAAGUCGCUUGAUCAACUGGGCCCAGAAGUAAUCCCACCGCAGAUACCAACACCUUCCAAAACCCUUCCAAGGUCCGCUUCGACCCAGUUGAUACCUCGACACAGGGCUCCAUUCCACAACGGAACGCUUCCAGCCACUGUUCCGAGCUCCAGAAGCAGACAUCCAUCGACCACUCACCACAGUGGCCUCUUCUUUCCAUCCUCGAGACAGCAGGCCUGCUCGGCGCCAAAUCCAUCCCUAGGAAUAUCUCCCAUAGCUACUUUGCCCAGGGCUAAAUCCACCCAGAUUCUUGCUCCGCAUAGGGCCCAACAACACCACCAGCAGCAACAGCAGCAGCAUAUCCACGGACAGCGACAUGGAACGUCGAUUAAUUCGAACGUGGAUUCGAAUUCGAUUACAUCUCUGUUGGCAGCCAUGUUUCCAGAACUUCCAUUGAAUGGAUAUUUUCCUGGCUAUCGUCCGUCGUCUGUAACCAGUGAACACAUUUCGUCCAGAGGUUUUUAUCACACAAUUCCAGCUAACCCAAGCAUGGGAUCUCGGAAUCUGACUCAGCUGACUGGAGACCGUCUCGGUUCGGAUAAUCUGACCAAGUCUUCGCCCCGGACGUUCAAAGACAAAGACGCGAAGUCACGUUCUCCGGAAAAUCGGAAGAGCUGUGGUGGAAACAGGGGAACGGAGUCGCGAAAUAUUUAUGGCACGGCUUAUCAACCGUUGAUAAACAAACCGUCAGGUUUUUCCGCAAACAAGUUAGACGUGAAAGACAUUGACGAUAAGGCGAGGUUAAGACUGUCAUAUAGUGAAACCUUGGACCGUACACCGAGGGAAAAAAAGCUCAAUCAAGAUUAUGGUAAAUAUCAUACGAAUAGCCUUCAGUUUUGGAGACCCCACGCCAACGGCAGGUCAAAUUACUCGAAACGCGUCAAUCCUGCCGAAGGUGAUAUUGGAGCGAACAAUUUUACACGAACUUUGGGUGAUUUUACCCAGGAAGAUUCGGCGAGAAAGUCGAAUUUCAAUGGUAGAAGCAACGACGAUGUUUAUACGCCGUUUCCUGGCUCUCUCGGUCGGCAAACCAGGAUCAGAGAGAUGACGCUACGGCCUCAGCAUCAGCAACAGGAAAUUAUUACCAACGAUCAUCGAUUGCAUCAGAAAUGCCUUAAUAACAGAAGUGUAGAUAACAAAUUAUCGGACGAACUGAUUAUGCAGCAAGGAAUUGAUCGGAAUAAUUACGAGCAAAGGGACUCUCAGACGGAUAACAGAACGCCGAAGAACCCGAAACCGGUGAGAAGCGGGGGUCGAAAACCACGAUAUGAGAUACCUCUGAACACGGAAUCCCCGAUGUCUAAACAGCGUGAAGAAAACACGAGGCGGCCACAUUCCGCGCCAGCUGUGGAUGCGGAUCACCUCGAAAACGGCAGAAAGUGUGGGCACAGGGCCAGAAAGGCUGCGCCCUUACCGUACGGGCGUAAAAACAGACAACUUCCAAGUUCGAACGGUGGUUCAAACGUCUGCGAAAUUGAGAACAAUAACACUAUAAUCCUGAAAGUUGAGCCGAAUAAUAAAUCAAAAUCCGAAAGUUUGACGAUGAACAAUGAAAGUAAGAAAAAAAGUCCAUCCAGCAUAGAUCCUACGUCCACGACUAAACCAACGACUCGGUUUAGAUGCGCCAGCGUUCCGAUCGACGACAAGAAAGUCGUCGUCCCCAGAAGUGCCAUAUCCUUACCCUGCAUGCCGAUCAACGAUGCCAGAGAUCUUUUCGACCCGAGUUUCCCGGUUAUUUCGAGUCUUCUGAGCAGUCCACCUUCUACCAGACCAAGCAGUCUCACGACCAGCUCUAGUUCCAGCAAUUUGACAUCGGAGUGUUCCGGGUGGGUUAGCAGUGGCGAUACAUCAAGUUCCGAGAACCAGGCGUUGAAGUUCUCGGGUCAGGCUUUGAGGCAAAAGCUCACUAAGAUUGCUGGCAAGACGAAACCUGAGACUGAUUCAUCCGAGGUCCAGGAUAACGGGGAACAUUCGUACGAGGAGGUCAGACUCCCCCCUCCGAAAAUGUUCCAGGACGAGCCUCCGCCUCCCGAGGAAUUCCAGGACCCACCUCCGCCCAUUGAUAAUCCCAUAUACCACGUUUACGAGACGGUGAGAAGCGUCGCGUCCAAUCAAAAACAGUGCAAAACAGCACCCUGUAGUCCACAGCGUAGCAGAAUUAAGGGCAGGGAUAACACUUAUGGCGGCCAGGACGUCUGCUUCGAUUGUUAUCAGGAGGGUAAAGAACUGCUGCAAUCGACGCAGGACAACAUCGUUAACUUCAACAAAUGCAAAGAGGAAUUUAAACAGCAAAUGGGCUUUUCGGGGAAGAUAUACAGAGAGAAAAAAGGCCCUCCAACACGGUGGCAUAAACGCGCCCAUUCCCUCGGCAAUGGCGAACUCCCGACCCUACCGCCUCUGCACCCUCUAAGAUCCAAUGUGCCUCUUAGUGAUUAUCCAACGCUGGCCUCGACACUGCCCUACUUCCACAUCAGCGACGAGUACCGUCUCUUCUCGCCGGAAGGUGUUCACCUUAUAAUAUGUGUUCACGGUCUCGAUGGCAACGCCGCCGACCUCAGACUGGUCAAGACUUAUCUCGAGUUGGGCCUCACCGGAGCUCACCUCGACUUUCUCAUGUCGGAAAGAAACCAGGGUGACACCUUCUCAGACUUUGAUACAAUGACUGACAGACUGGUAUCGGAGAUCCUUCAUCACAUUGAAUCCUCUGGACUGAAUCCAUCCAAAGUUAGUUUCAUCGGGCAUUCCCUGGGGACCAUCAUCAUUCGAAGCGCUCUAACCAGGCCCCAGCUUCGCCCCCUUUUGUCACGACUCCACACCUUUCUCAGUCUGAGUGGACCUCAUCUUGGAACACUUUACAAUACGAGCGGCCUAGUAAACGCAGGUAUGUGGUUUAUGCAGAAAUGGAAGAAGUCAGGAUCGCUUUUACAGCUUGCGAUGAAGGACGCUGUAGACGUGCGAAAUUCUUUCAUGUUUCGUCUGAGCCAGCGAAGCAAUCUGCAGUUAUUCAGGCACGUCCUGCUGUGCGGUAGUGCCCAGGAUCGUUACGUCCCCCUCCAUUCGGCUCGUAUAGAGCUUUGCAAGGCAGCCAUAAAGGAUCCAACGGAUCAAGGUGCUGCGUAUCGUGAAAUGGUGCACAACAUAUUGUACCCAGUGAUGUCUACGCUUGACGUAAGUUUAGUGAGGUACGACGUUCAUCACGCUUUGCCUCCGACCGCUAAUGCUUUGAUAGGAAGAGCAGCUCACAUCGCAGUUCUCGACUCGGAGUUGUUUAUUGAAAAGUUUUUACUAGUCGCUGGAUUAAAGUACUUUAGAUAAAGAAUACGAUCUAUUAGCUAUGAAGAGGAAAUGAAGUUAGAAACUUAGAAAAAAGAAGAAAAGAAAACAACACAUUUUUACUUUAGGUUUUCAACAUUAUUACCGAUAAUUCCGAUAAUGGCGAUACGCGAGCUCUUCGACAAACAAGAUAAUUUGU